AAAGACUUUCGAGUCACUGAGAGACCCACUCCUAGCGGAUCAUUUUGAAUUGAGGAACAAAUUCAACUGUGAUCGCGGUAUCGCAUACAGCAUGUCGAUGGAUGAUCGCAGUGAGGCGUCCUCUUCACAAGAGAAUUCAACGCCAAAAAAAGGACAUGUGAAACCACAGAAGAUUAUGAAUACUGAACCCUGUCGUUUGACUGUUACGGUGCCAUCCAUAACCCUGACGCUUGCUGAAGAAAGGAUAUACAUUAGAUGUUCUUGCUUGAAUAUUUCCAGCGUUUCGUAGUUGCAGACUACUAUCUAAUUAAUUAGACUGUUUAUAAAUAGUAAAAUGAAAUUAGCAAUUAAAAAGUGUUCUACUCGAAGUUAUGUGUGUAUGUUACCAACGAAAUACAGAAGAUCUAGGUAUCCGGUUUUUGAAAAUUCUAAGCAAGUAGUUUGAGAAUUAGAAUCUCAAUAUACGUGUUAUUUUCGAGCGGAAGUUAAGCAAAGGAGAGGGCUUCGCUUAGUGAUAGCUCUCUAAUGGGGCUAAAUAAUUUUACAGAUAAUAUUUAGUUUUUGUAAUAUUAACAAGAAAACAUAUCGUCGCCAUGGAAAGAUUCUUAGAAAACGUUUGCAUUGUAGAUAACUAGAUAUCAUCGAAGCUAACAUUGCACAAUAGAAAUUAGGCAGGAACAAUGCGAAGGCAUCACACGGUCUUGGUUUUGACCUCACAGGGUUCGUGCAAAUCGAGCAUGGCUGACGUCGAGCAUUGUAGAUGGCUGCUACCCAAAAAUCCACAAAUUUGCUUUAUAUUGUUCAGCCAGCAAUUAGAUGCCCUUGCUCGUUUGGUCUAUCUUUAAUUAGAAUAUAUUUAAUUUGACUGUCUUUAAUGGACCGCUAUAUUUAAACCACUAGAAAAGGGCAGAUGUUUUUUAAAGUAGCACAGAUGUUUGAGGAGUUAAUAACCCUGACCAUGUAAACUAGUAUUGCGACACUUUCGAGUAGAACCACCACAAAUGACGCCACAUACGCAUACUUGCGUUCAAACGUAACGUAAAAGCUGAUGAACAGCAACAAUUACUAGAAAAACAAAAAGGAGCUAUAGGUCUUAUGUAAGUAUCUCUAGUUGUUAUUUCCACGAAAGACAGUUUUGGUUGAGUUGUAGUUCUAUAACUACUUACAGAAAUUGGCAUCUCUCCAGCUGCGUAAAUAUUAUUGUCUGGCUGUUCCAAAAUCUGCAAAAUUAGAAUUAGUGACUAAUGUGAUCUUUACGAAAAUUGUUUUUCAUUGGCACUAAAUGGCUACGCUUGACUGAAACGUCCGCAGAAAGGCGCCACGUCUACUGCGUCUGCAGCGACCGCUGUUGGCUUUGAAUGUUACCACGAUAGCGCUGAAUUUCUUACACUACCGCUACUACUACUACUACUAUAUAUCGUCACCAACACGUAAAUAAAGUCGUCUUCUAAUUUAAAAGUAUUUAUUCUCCUUAUCGGUAAAAAAGAAAAAAGAUGCACUUCUUUUCUGCAAAAAGAAGUAAAGCAAAAAUGUUUACGCACUUGUGCGUGUAUUGUGACUCCUUUAAAACAUAUACCUCGUAGACGUACCUAUUAUUACGAACAACAAGUAUCAGAAAACAGUUAUUAAUAGGAUUGAUUACGUUUGCGUACUAAAAAGGGGAGAUAACAUAAUUGUGUGCCACCCAUAUGUAUACUCCACCUCAUAAACUCCAGUAAGUUGAGUAAAGUAAUGGAGUUUAGCAAUGUGUUGAUGCUGACGCUAAAUAUGUAUGUUAGCUGAAUAUGUAAGUAAGUUCUUUCUGUUACUACUUAUCGCAGUUAAUUAAAACACAACGAUCGCCGCAUUAUUUUAAGCAGUCCCAACAACGGUCCUUAUUUAACAUAGACACCUGUAGCCCUGCGUAUCUUCGCUGACAUUGAGUACUACGCUUUAUGCCAUAGUUUGUGGACAAUAAGUUAAUUUUAUUGACAGUAAGCGAUAAAUUCUGUUUGGGACAAUUUGUUCAUAGCAUUUUAAAAACGAAGAAAAACAAUGAAUACAUUGACCUAGUGAAGCGAUUCAACUUUUUGUUUUUGGUACAUACAGAAUGCAAACAGGAAUCAAGUUCCUCCAAACCCCUUUGAAACAUUUGUUUUGCUGAAUAGAACCACAGCGCAUCUUAGCCUGCCUUAUGUCUCUAUCUUGGCAGAAUAAAAGUGUUGUCAAUAUAGAGAUGUAAAGCCAUAAGUGUGUUAAAUUUACCGUUUGGGAGAACUCAUUGCUAACGAACUGUGGUAGUAACAGUAGAACGUUUUCAGAUCUACGGGAAAAUACACGAUUGAAACGAAACGCAGUUCGAACGCGUAUUGGAUUUCUGUUGAUGCCUGCGUCACCCCCUAUCUUCACACUUCGUUACACGUCAACUAUAUUUCUAAGCAGUCUUGAGAACAAAUAGAAAUAGUACACAAGGAAGAGAAAGCCAGCUUCAGUGGGUGAGCGCGGUAGAUAACAGCGGAAAAAACAGAAACUCUUAGAAAACAACGUAAAAUAUUGUCUGAAACAUAACCUCGUUUUUCAUCGUAACUCAUUCUCGUCUGUUGCUGCUGCUGCUAUCUCUAAAACAUCGUAUCGUUACCGUCGGGACAUCAUCAUUCCGCCGAAUCUGUCGGCCUCAACGCCCCGUAAUUAAACAGUAGCGUUACGUAGUGGACAGCUGCAAUUGUAGAUGUGGUCUUGUUGUCAAUGUCGUUCCCAUCGUCUCAAUGUCAUUUUCAAGCAAGACACCCCACCGUCGAGGAUACGCUUGAGAAAUUGAGUUUUGCCAGUAAUUUUUCGUCCUCGUCGCCGUUUGUCAGAACCCGGCGCUUGACAGGAAAUAAAAGCACAUUUGAUAUACAGGAAAAGAUAUUACAUUUGAAACAUAUAUAUGUGCGACCUAUCCUUUCUUCUACACUUGGCUAUUAUCGAUUUGGAGCGAAUAAAAAUCAACGGAAUUUUCAUUUGCGUCAUUGCAACCAGUAAUAAUUAAGUGUCUAUUAUUUCGCUUGAUUAUAAUAACAAGUUCGCUUGUUUUUGCAUCUCUAUAAUAACACUUGUGUCAUGUAUGAUUUGUAUCCAUUGUGUACGGAUGAUGUAUGUAUGAAAAUAUUUUAAACUUUCUGUGUAUGAUCAUGCCUUCGGUAAUCGAUUUGCGCAUUAUGCAUUUAUAUAAAUAGGCUGGCAUAACCGAGUUGGUGACCGAUUAACAAACCAAGUUCUACUAACAUUUGUGAACGCUUGUUGCAAGACGCUACGAAGCUGCAUCCAUGGAAGCGCAAAUCAAAGAAAUUCAGCUACGAUAUUCCCUUGCAGGUUUCUAGGUAUCUCUCUAUUUGUGUGCUAGUCUCUGGAUGGCAGGCAGGAAUUGGUUAGAUGAGUCAGAGACGAAAGUUUUGGGAAGUUUGCAUCAUGUAUUCUUUGUUUGUAGCUAGUAUCGUUGUUAUUACUGCCGGUCGUAAGCAGUUUUCGUUUCAGCCCAAGCGAUCUUAGAUGAACUUUUAGCCUCUGCAGGCGAAUAUUCUGCUUAUGUCGCAAUGCUUUCAGUAUUAGUAGUAGCUCUUCACAGUCAGCUACCAACGCGUGUAUUACUGAUGUAUGAUAAAAGGAAAGUUUGACCCCACUAACCAUCACAGGCAUCAUCUAUUGUCGUCUGUGUUUACCCCAACUUGGCAUACCAGCAGUUCUCCGGAUGAUGUGACGGCGAUACGCAGCAACGACAACUAUAGCCGUCGAUCACAGUGACGCCUUCUUACUACCGAUGGGACGAGAGGGCAAAGCAAGAUGUGCUGUUUGGAGUUCCCGAAAGUUGGUUUGCCGCCACGUCAGUUGAUGCUACGGUCACUGCAGCGUGUUAAGCCGAAGAGAAGCAAAAAGGAACAAAUAAAAAAAAGCUAAAGUCCAUAAGAUCAAGCUAGGCAGUGGCAACAGCAGUAGCUGUAGCAUCAAUAUCAACACCAAGGAAAGUGGCACCCUAGCGUCCAUCUGUCGGUCAUUCCUUCGCCCUGUAGCUGUUGCCUCAGUGGGGGAAAUCCAGUAUAUAGCCGCUUGGUCGUUUCUUCGCUCACUGACUAUAUCCAUUGUCACCCUUGAGCGGAGCGCGCGAGGCGCCGCCGCCGCCGUCAGCGGUUAUCGACAGCAAACCGUGUCAAAGCCAAACGGAGGCAACAGGCCUCACUGCUUUGGCCGUGUAGUCGGUCAGCUAUAAUAUUCUGUGAGAAUCCAGUUGAACUGCCAGUUCGCAGUUCGCACACCGCCAAACAUGAGGCUCCUUUUAUUAGCAGGGUGCGCAAUCCAGAUCUGGGGGGCGCCGACUACGGUAAUGCCAGAAAUCGGCAAUACAACGGAAUCGGCAGUACAUGAUACAACAACUUCCGUAAUCACUAACAAAACUUCUGAUGUGGACCAGAAAACCUUUCCGUUCAAUAGCCAAGGUUUCAUACUGCCCUACGGAGCGGGCGGCUUCCUAGGAGGACAGAAUCCGUUCGGCGACGCAUUCGGCAGUAAUCCGUAUGGCUAUUCUCUGUUCCAGACACCUCCCCAAAACAACCCGUAUGGCCGGUUUCCUGUAGAUAUUCUGAAUCGGUACCCGAAUGAGGGUCCGUUCCAACAGUACCCUGGCACUAUUCAGUUUAAUCCGGCUAGCCAAGGUAAUUUUCCAGUAAGUCAGGCGACUGGACAGCCUGUACAACCUGCUGAAGUUCUAGGUCAUCCCGAAUCUACUAUAUCUAUUGCUGGCACUCAAAGUGGCGCUCCAACUGGUGAAAAUGGCCAGCCUUUGCAACCAGGACAAAUUCCCCAAGGAAAUCCGGGAUAUCUAGGACCGCCAAGAGUGCCUGGCCCAGGUAAUGAAAAUCAAUUACAUCCUGGCGUUUCUGGUAUACCCGGUCUAAUUCCACAAGAUGCUCAGGGCCAAUUGUCCCAGGGUGCACAGGGCCAGUUUCCUCAAGACGCAGAGGGUCAAUUUCUCGAAGGAACACAGGGACACUUGCCCCAAGGUGUCCAAGGGCAGCUUUCCGCAAAUGGGCAAAACCGAUUCACUCAGAAUCCACAGGGGCUUCAAACAGGGUAUAUUGGAAACCCCGGGUUCCCUCAGGUACCAUCCCCUCAAAAACCUUUUGGUCAAGCAUCCACCGACCAUCCCGGAAACCCAAUACAUAAGCCCAAUGCACCUACACCGCCCACCCUGUCGGGAUCAUCCGGAUCAGACUCUACCAGCGGUCUAGAGGCUGUAGGAGGACAAGACUACCCUAGACCUCAAGAACAAGGAGUUACUGGCCAAAACCCCAAUAGUCAGUUUCCUCCAAGCCAACUUUUGCCGAGUGGACAGAGCCUUCCAGGACAAGGACCGCAGGGCGAUUUCACCAACCAAGGAUUACACGGAGUAUACAACGGACAAGCUUCGCUUCAGGGACAACCACAAGGACAAGGACAUAUUCCGGAACAAUUCCGGGGACCUCAAAAGGGUCAAAGCUACCCCGGACAAUUUUCGCAGGAUUUCUAUAACCAACAACCAUACCCACAGAAAUUCGUGCCACAACAGCAGUAUCCACGAGGUUUCGUUCCGCAACAGCAAGGCUUUCCUCAAGGCCAAGGACCCCUGCAACAAUUUCCUCAAGGUCAGGGAUACUUGCAACAAUUCCCUCAAGGUCAAGGAUCCCAACCGCAGUUCUUGCAGGAACAAAAACCGCAGCAACAAGUUAAUCCAGGCACUGGUCUUCAACCAAACCAGCAGCCACCGCGAAACCCCCAUGGUCAGAUUCCAAACCCUGGCACAGACCUGAAUGGGCCUUUCCCACUACGUACAAAUCAGGAGCACUCCCCGGGGCUUCCCAGUGGUUUCAGUGCUAGCCCAGUUCAGAGCCGUACCGCUGUGCCUGCCUCCCCCGGAACAUUUACUAGCGUGUACACAUUGAACAACAACAUAUCCGUUUCAUCGCCAGGACCACCGUCCCCUGAGGAAGUUACCUCAGCCGAUCAACCUCUGCCGCAAGUCAACCAGGGGUCCGAGCUGCGAUCUGAAGCUAGAGCGAUGCAUAUCUCAGAGCUUAAACGGGCCGAGAAAAAUGAUGUCCCUUCGUAGAACGCUCCUCAAGCCGCGUUUAGGAGACCAGAAGCCUAAAUCUGGCGAACGAGAAGAAAUAGAAACAUUUGCCGAGAUGCUUGACGAAACAAAAUUGCCAUGACAACAUUUACUGCGAUAGACCCCAGAGACGCGGUAAUGGAGCCUCCACCAAUACCAACAUUCAAAGCUAAUCUACACAUAGAAAUGACUACAGAACUGAAAUCAAAUUUACAAAAAUCAUAUGAUGAAGAUAAUGGUUGUGGUGAUGCAGAAAGCUGAACAUAAACGAUUAUGAGAUGAUCAUUAUGAUGGACUACGUAAUAUUGCCGAUUUUAAUAAAUUAGAAGCAAAUACCAUGUAAAAUUCCAAAGAUCUUAUACAGAAAUUUUUUCACAGAUAUUAGUGUUGAGGUUAAUUAGAUUACAAGGCGCGCUUGAAGACAUCUAUAGCUCUUUUAUUUAAUCCUAUACAUAAGACAAUUUUUAUAAGGAAUUACUGGAACAUGAGCCAGAGGAAAACAAAGGCUGUCCCUUGUGGAGCAAUGACAAUUAUCAUACUUUAUUAAUAUAACUUGUUGGGCAAAUAACUUGUAUCUGUAAAGCGAAUAAAAAAUAUAAUGCAUAACAAACAACCUGUUUAUGGCAAGUAAAAUAUGGUGCGGAUAUAACAUAACGUAGGAUUCGAUAAAAGGCUUUUUAUAAAUGGCAGCAUGUGUAGGGUAGUGACGCAUGAGAACUAAUGAAGAGAAUCAUUUUAGAAACCAUUUACGAUCAUAUUAACAAAUAACAAUAACACGAUUCACUUAGUGUUAACACAAUUACCAAGUAAAUAAAGUUAGUUACGUAUUGGA